UCUCAUUGUUAGCAUGUUUUACCACCCGGUUGUCUUAAACCGUCGCUCAGGAUGUUUCUCUACGAUCUGGCUGGUUGCCACAAAAGGCAUCAAAGUCCCUCGCAGGGAUUUACUGAGAGUAGAUGUGACAAGGACUUGCAAUGACAUCAUGAACUACGUGCUGGGGCUGGUCAACCCUCCUCAGCCAGGUCUGCCCCGACCUCGCUUCUCCCUCUACCUCUCCUCUCAGCUGCAGUACGGCGUCAUCCUGGUCUACCACAGACAGUGUGCCAUCUUUCUAGAUGAGCUUCAGUUUAUGAAGGACCGGCUACUAAAACAAUGGAGCAUCACUAAAAUUGAUUUGGAAGACCACAGCAGGCAAAGAGUAGACCUGCCUGAUCCUCUGUCUGUGAUGGAGGACACUGAAGGAGCUCCAGACCCUUUAUUUGGCGAGAUGCUUCUCCACAAUGUCGUCCCCAGUCCCAGCUCACUGAUUCAGAUGAGUAAGGAAUACCUGAGAGGAGCUUCUCCUGAGCUUCCAUUGGGCAGCUCAUCUGCUUCUCUUUCACCAGACGUGCAAACUGGCAUCACUGCAUCACCAGAAAGCAUCACUCUAAGGGAGGCUGAGCCCGUUCCUGCCCCGGCUGCAGAGUUUGAGGGGGAGGAUUUUGCUGGCCACCUUGCACAAACGAUCAAUAUGCUGUUGGACCAACCCGAUGACUUUCCAGGAAGUUUGGAGCUACCAGAAGAAGAGAUGAGAGGGCAGGAGAAAGAACAGACUAAGGAAAUGACAGGAUCCACUGCAGAACUGCAGCCAACCACUGUCUCCAGUGAGGGUCCUGAGCUGCUGGCCCCGGAGCAGCAGGGUCCCCCCACAGACCAGCUCACCCCAGUCUCUGCUUCUAGGCCCCCCUCGCCGCCCUCUGCAGCCGAGGGCCAGCUCAGGAGCCCCGAGUUAGAGGAGGCCCAAAUAGAGGUGAGAAGGAAGAAAAGAAGAAGGAGGCAGCUGGUUUUCUUCGAUGCAGAGACGCAGCUCUCGGAGGAGGAGCUGCAGCGGCAGAUAGACGACCCUCUAACAGAGACCACAUCCCCUCCCCUUCACCUGCUUCCCUCUCAUAGGGUCGUACCUCCAGCAGAGCUACUCAACAAUCCCUGCAGCUUUUUGCCCAAGGAGAUUGAGGCUCUGUGGAGACAGGCUGCCACUAUAACAGAGCUGCUGGACACUGACCUCCAGGUUGGGGAGACCGGACCCGAGUCCACCGACUCCGAGAAGGAAAGAGAGCGGGAGAUGAUGGAAGUGGCAGAAAGAGAGGAGCAGAGACUCAGAGAGACUAGCACAGAGGUCCAGGAAGCAAUGAUGAAGUCGGACAUGUUGGGUACUUCAGCUGACGAUGCCUUGCCUCUGGAGGUGUCGGACCAAAGGGAGAAGUCUCGAGAGAUUUCUCCUCUGCACACAUCAGAGAGAGAAGGGUCGUCUAUCUCCACUGCAUUACCUGAUAUCCAAGAGGCGGAAGAGGAGAUGACUGAAAUGAGUUUGUUGCCAGAGUUGUUGGAGCAUGCAGAGGAGCCCAUUCUUUUUCACUCACUUUUACCAUCUGGGGUGAACCGCAGAGGUGUCAGCAACCUUUUUCACAGUCUGCUGGGUAAGGAGUUGCCAUCUUCCCCCUCAGAUUUUCCAUCACUUAUUUUAAAGACAAGUUUAUUUUGCUUCAGGAGAGAUUCUCUGAUCGAUAUGAGAUGUGUGAGAGUUUGCUAAAAGCUUGUGAGCCUUAAACCGUGACUGGAACCCAGCCAUGUUUAACCCGGUAACACUGGCUCACAGUUAAAGUUCUGUAGUUCAGCAAGAUCUGCUGCUAA